AUGGCGAUGACCCAGACACCACUAGCUCGGGCUGAGCAUCCAGUACCUACCACUUAUUGCGAUAAGGAUGAACUCCGAACCAGUUUCGCCCUGGCGAUGUCAACAAUGUAUCAACACGAAGUACCCGCAUACGGCACGCUGAUAGACCUUGUCCGAGAAGUCAACGACGAAGUCGCCACGAGCGAGACCUUCAGCAUCACCGAACGCCUCCACCUCGAGCGACACGGCGCCAUUCGACUCGGCACAGCGCACGAGCUGCAGACCGUCAGACGCAUCUUCGCUCUGAUCGGCCUGUACCCGGUGGACUACUACGACUUGUCCGUGGCUGGCUUGCCCAUGCACGCAACAGCCUUCCGACCAGUGAAUGCCGUGGCGCUCGGGAAGAACCCGUUCCGUGUGUUCACGACAUUGCUUCGUCCGGAGUUGCUGAGCGCUGAAACGCGCGAGGUGGCUUUAAAGUUACUGCGACAACGGCAGAUAUUCAGUCGUAAGCUUCUCGAAUUGAUUGAGAUAGGGGAGAGCCAGGGGGGUUUGACCGCCGCACAAGGCGAGAUAUUUGUGCUAGAGGCCAUCCGAACAUUUCGCUGGCAGACAGUCGCUGGUGCCAGCCGCGAGGAGUAUCAGAUGUUGAAAACAGAACAUCCGAUACUUGCUGAUAUCGUUUGCUUCAACACUGCGCAUAUCAAUCAUCUCACUCCACGCGUUUUGGACAUUGGCCUUGCGGAACAUCGAAUGAAGGCGGCAGAGUUGAAUGUCAAAAGCAGUAUCGAGGGUCCGCCUGCGCGGAAGAUACCGAUACUACUGCGGCAGACAAGUUUCCUAGCCUUUGAGGAGGACAUCGAAUUCCCGACUGACAAUGGCGAAUUGAUCGCGGCCAGCCAUACAGCUCGGUUCGGAGAGAUCGAGGAGCGCGGAGCUGCACUGACCAGCAAAGGUCGAUCGCUGUAUGAUGAAGUGCUCGCGAAAGGCAUCGAAGCCCGUGGUAUUGGAGGCAAUCAAGGCUAUUCGAGUGCUUUCAAGGCGUUCCCGGAUCAGCUUGACGAGCUUUUGGCACAGGGCCUGAUCUUCUGCACAUUCAAGGUCGUCGGAUCCGCAGACACACCUGGCAGCGUGGCGCGAGGCAGUGACACAGUCACGUCGUUGAUGGCGAAGGGCAAGCUCAUUGCGAGCCCCAUCACGUAUGAAGACUUUCUUCCUUUCUCUGCUGCAGGCAUCUUCCGGUCAAAUCUUGGUGAUGGCCACCAUCAGGACGGCAUGCCUGUGUCGCUGCCCGCUGGGAAUCAAGCGAGUCUCGAGCAGGCUCUGGGAUGCUCGGUGCUGUCGUCAGAGAAGCUCUACGCAGCCGAACAAGCGAAGAGUCUGGAGGACUGCGCAAGACGACUCGGUUUACAGGAAAUUCGACUGGCGUGUAGGUAG